ACCCACACACUUUCCCUUUUGUAUUCUUCUGAUUUUUUUUUCAUUUUUUAUAAAUACAUAUAUAUAUAGUACUUUGCCCAGCUGUGGAAAUGGAGCAACCCCCAAUCUUUUGAUGCACCCUGGUUCGCUUUUUUGCAGUAUUUUUCCAUGUAUGGUUUUCCAGCAUUGGGAGCACCGUUCCCCACCUUUCCCCCUUUUCCUUGAGUUAGUUUCCUAACAUCAUCUGGAGGCUUGGUGGCUCUUGAACUGAAUAUAACUUUUUUCCCUCCACAUCCCCCAACUCCCCCUUUGCUGAGCCUUGUCAGUGGGGACUGGAGAAAAAAAAAAACCAGAAGAGGAGGAGGCAGGAGGGGCUGUGUGUGUGAUUAUUGCUGGUGCUCAGGACCCAAAUCUCUGUAGGUGCGUGUUGAAAUAUGGAGAAUAGUCUUGGAUGUGUUUGGGUACCAAAGCUGGCUUUUCUACUCUUCGGAUUUUCUCUGAUCAGCCUGAAUCUUCAAGUCACCGGUUCACAAGUUAAGGGUUUUACAUCAUUGCGGUUCCUGACUGAGCCUUCAGAUGCUGUCACCAUGCGCGGAAGUAAUGUGCUGCUGAAUUGCACAGUGGAGUCUGAUCAAGGAAUUCCUGUCAUCAAGUGGAAGAAAGAUUCAGUCUUCUUAAACCUGGCAGUGGAUGAAAGGAGACAGCAGAUGGCCAAUGGUUCCCUCUUGAUACAAAGCAUAGUCCAUUCCAGACACCAUAAGCCAGAUGAGGGUCUCUACCAGUGUGAGGCCUCUUUAGAAGGAAUUGGGGCUAUCAUCAGUCGGACAGCUAAAGUCACGGUAGCAGGACCAUUGAGGUUUCUUUCCCAGACAGAAUCUGUCACAGCUUUUGCGGGAGACACAGUUUUGUUAAAGUGUGAAGUAGUUGGAGAGCCUAUGCCGAUGGUACACUGGCAAAAAAACCUGGAGGACUUGAUCCUGAGCCCCAGUGACACCCGAGUGGCUGUCUUGCCCUCUGGAGCUUUACAGAUUAGCAGAAUCCAAGCAGGAGACAGUGGGAUCUAUAGAUGCCUUGCAAAAAAUCCUGCUAGUACCAGAACUGGAAAUGAAGCAGAAAUCCGAGUUUUGACAGAUCCAGGUUUGCACAGACAGCAAUUUUUCCUGCAGAGACCAUCAAAUGUGGUAGCCCUUGAGGGAAAAGAUGCUGUUCUUGAGUGUUGUGUUUCUGGGUUUCCCACACCCACUUUCACAUGGAUGCGAGGAGAUGAAAUUAUUCCAGUCAGAUCCAAAAAAUAUUCAUUACUGGCUGGCAGUAACUUACUUAUUUCUAAUGUGACUGAUGACGAUUCUGGGACGUACACUUGCAUUGUCAGCUACAAGAAUGAGAACAGUAGUGCCUCUGCAGAGCUCACAGUUAUGGUUCCUCCAUGGUUUUUAAAUCACCCUUCAAACCUCUAUGCUUAUGAAAGUAUGGACAUUGAGUUUGAAUGUGCUGUCUCUGGUAAGCCUGUCCCUACCGUGGAUUGGAUCAAGAAUGGAGAAGUGGUCAUUCCUAGUGAUUAUUUCCAGAUAGUGGGUGGCAGCAACUUGCGGAUUCUGGGCCUUGUAAAGUCAGAUGAAGGUUUUUACCAGUGUGUAGCUGAAAAUGAUGCUGGGAAUGCCCAGACCAGUGCACAGCUAAUCAUCCCUGAGCCGGCUAUCCCAAGUUCCAGUGUCCUCCCCCUGCUCCCCGAUGUGGUCCCUGUUUUGGUCUCCAGUCGAUUUGUCCCCAGCUGGCGCCCACCUGCAGAAACUAAAGGGACUAUCCUGGCAUACACUGUCUACUUCUCCAGGGAAAGCAUUAACAGGGAACGGGCACAGAACACAACACAGUCUGAGACACUUCAGCUCACAGUGGGAAAUCUGAAACCAGAGGUGACCUACACAUUCCGAGUGGUGGCAUACAAUGAAUGGGGACCAGGAGAGAGCUCGCAAUCCAUCAAGGUUGUUACGCAGCCUGAAUUGCAAGUUCCAGGGCCAGUAGAAAACCUGCGGGCCGUAUCUACCUCACCUACCUCAAUUAUUCUUUCCUGGGAACCCCCUGCCUAUGCAAAUGGUCCAGUCCAAGGUUACAGAUUGUUCUGCACAGAGACUGCUACUGGAAAAGAACAGAAUAUAGAGAUUGAUGGACUAUCAUACAAACUGGAGGGGCUGAAAAAAUUCACGGAAUAUACCUUACGGUUCCUGGCUUAUAACCACUAUGGCCCUGGGGUGUCCACUGAAGAUCUUACCGUCAUGACACUUUCUGAUGUACCAAGUGCAAUGCCUCAGAAUGUCUCCUUGGAAGUGGUUAAUUCAAGGAGCAUCAAAGUUAGUUGGCUACCUCCACCGUCAGGCACACAAAAUGGAUUUAUUACCGGCUAUAAAAUCCGACACAGAAAGACUACUCGCAGGGGUGAUAUAGAAACACUGGAGCCAAACAACCUCUGGUACUUGUUUGCAGGACUUGACAAAGGAAGUCAGUACAGUUUCCAGGUAGCUGCCAUGACAGUCAAUGGGACCGGACCCUCCUCAGAUUGGUAUACAGCAGAAACUCCAGAGAAUGAUCUUGAUGAAUCUCAGGUUCCUGAUCAGCCAAGCUCUCUUCAUGUCAGGCCAUUGACAACCAGUAUCGUCAUGAGUUGGACCCCACCACUGAAUCCAAACAUUGUUGUACGCGGCUACAUCAUUGGCUAUGGAGUGGGCAGUCCGUAUGCUGAGACAGUGCGAGUAGACAGCAAACAGCGCUACUAUUCCAUUGAAAACUUGGAACCAAGUUCCCAUUAUGUAAUUUCUUUAAAAGCCUUUAACAACGUGGGUGAAGGAGUCCCUCUCUAUGAAAGCGCCACCACUAGAUCAUUGACAGAUCCCAUUGAUCCAUUAGAAGUUGAUUUUUAUCCUUUGCUUGAUGAUUUCCCUACCUCAGUCCCAGAUAUCUCCACCCCCAUGCUCCCACCAGUAGGUGUCCAGGCUGUUGCACUUACCCAUGAUGCAGUGAGAGUCAGCUGGGCAGACAACUCUGUCCCAAAGAAUCAAAAGACUACUGAGGUUCGCUUUUACACUGUCCGUUGGAGAACCAGCUAUUCUACAAGUGCUAAAUACAAGUCAUCAGAUACAACAGCUUUGAGCCAUAGCGUAAUAGGCCUUAAGCCAAACACUAUGUAUGAAUUCUCUGUCAUGGUAACAAAAGGUCGAAGGUCAAGCACGUGGAGCAUGACUGCACAUGCCACAACAUAUGAAGCAGCACCAACCUCUGCACCCAAGGAUUUGACAGUCAUUACUCGGGAAGGGAAGCCUCGAGCUGUCAUUGUCAGCUGGCAGCCUCCAUUAGAAGCCAAUGGAAAAAUUACUGUUUAUAUUCUGUUCUACACCUUGGACAAGAAUGCUCCAAUUGAUGACUGGGUUAUGGAGUCAAUCAGUGGUGACCGACUUACUCAUCAAAUCAUGGACCUCAACCUAGAUACAGUGUAUUACUUUAGAAUCCAAGCUCGCAAUGCCAAAGGAGUGGGACCGCUCUCUGAUCCUAUUCUCUUCCGGACUCUGAAAGUUGAGCACCCUGACAAAAUGGCUAAUGACCAAGGUCGUCAUGGAGAUGGGGCCUAUUGGCCAGUUGACACGAACUUGAUUGACAGAAGCAGCCUUAAUGAACCUCCCAUAGGGCAGAUGCACCCUCCGCAUGGCAGCGUAACACCUCAAAAGAACAGCAACCUUCUAGUAAUCAUUGUGGUCACUGUUGGGGUCAUUGCGGUGGUGGUGGUGGUGAUCGUGGCUGUGAUCUGCACCAGGCGUUCUUCAGCGCAACAGAGAAAAAAGCGUGCUACCCAUAGUGCUGGAAAAAGGAAGGGCAGCCAGAAAGACUUGAGGCCCCCCGACCUCUGGAUACACCAUGAAGAGAUGGAGAUGAAGAAUAUUGAAAAGCCAUCAGGUUCUGACCCCUCAGGAAGAGACUCGCCAAUGCAGAGCUGUCAAGACAUCACGCCAGUCAGCCACAGCCAGUCUGAAACUCAGCUGGGCAGCAAGAGUGCCUCACAGUCUGGUCCUGACACAGAGGAUGUGGGAAGUAGUAUGUCAACGUUAGAGCGCUCACUUGCUGCCCGCAGAGCCACACGUGCCAAGCUCAUGAUUCCGAUGGAUUCACAACCAAGCAACCCUUCUGUUGUCAGUGCCAUCCCUGUGCCAACACUAGAAAGUGCCCAGUACCCAGGAAUUCUGCCAUCUCCAACAUGUGGAUAUCCGCAUCCGCAGUUCACUCUCCGGCCUGUGCCAUUCCCAACACUCUCUGUUGACCGGACUUUUGGAACAGGAAGAACGGUGAGUGAAGGACCAGUCCCACAACAGCCAUCCAUGCUGCCACAGACACAGCCUGAACAUGCCAGCAACGAGGACGCCCCGAGCAGAACGAUUCCCACAGCCUGUGUCCGGCCUACGCACCCUCUCCGCAGCUUUGCCAACCCCUUGCUACCUCCACCAAUGAGUGCAAUAGAACCGAAAGUCCCUUAUACACCACUUUUGUCUCAAACAGGGCCUAAUCUUCCCAAGGCUCAGGUUAAAACAGCAUCACUUGGAUUAGCUGGAAAAGCACGAUCCCCUCUGCUUCCAGUCUCGGUGCCAACAGCCCCAGAAGUGUCAGAAGAGGGCCACAAACAGACAGAGGAUCCAGCUAACGUAUAUGAACAGGAUGAUCUGAGUGAACAAAUGGCCAGUUUGGAGGGGCUAAUGAAGCAACUUAAUGCUAUUACUGGCUCGGCCUUCUAACAGCUGUUGAUGAAUAGAUAAAUUGUAUUAUCCAGGAACAUUGCAGCAUACAAGUACUUCAUAUACACCACACGUACGCAACCCCAUAAAACCACUCUUUCUUCAGUACCAUUCAUUCAACGUAAGGAAGAUUCUUGAUGAGUCCUAAAAAAUAAAUAACUAAAAAUCCGCUACAUUACUGUAGAUCAAGCAUCUAAAGCAAUUAAAGUGUGGCCCUUGCAAAUAAGUGAAACAAUGACAGCAGAGCUCGAGGUGUUGCCACUUGAUUGCUCAUUUUGAUCUGCUUGCCUUUGUAAUACUUGAGAUGUCAUGACUAUCUCACAUUUUACUUAAUAGAGGUGUGUAGUUCUUGAUGAAAAUCUAGUUUUACAUCAUUCAAAUGUAUUUUUAAACAUAUACCAUGCCAUAAUUUGUCAGUGUGGAAGUUCACUCUUCAUGUAUUUUUGUUUUUUAUAUACUUUUUUUAUGUGAAAGCACCCGUAACAAAUAAUCAUGACAUAGCACCAAAGGAUUGGAAGUGUUACCAACAGCACAAAACAAGACAAAUAACUCCCAUUUCUUUUGUAAUUUCAAUCACUCAUCUUGCCCAAGCAGUGUGCAUUAGCAAGUUGCUGUAAAGUCCACCCAUUUUUGCAAGGUUUUGGAAAUCCUCCCAUAGGUAACAUUUUAUAUCUGGCUACAGAGAAUGGGAACAUAAAAAAAUCUGCAUUGGUGGCAUGCUGCCAGCUGCCGUAUACUUACAAAAAGAGGAUAUGAUAUGCAAUCUUCUCUGACACACAGUGAUGAUGUGCUUAAGCUUGGACUAGAACACUACUAAAUAUGGAAAAAGAACAGGAG